UACCUAACCUAGUGGGGUACCUAGGGUACCUAGGGUAGCCAGUUCUCAGAGAUGAAGAGCGUAGCUUUCUUCUUCUCUAUUAUAUAUUCAUCCCAGUCUUCUCAUUUGUGCCCUCGCAAUAUACCCAGCCCAUCUCUGUCCUUACAGAUAUCGAGGCAAAAGCAGUUGUUGAUCAAGUCAAUGCACCUCCCCCACUCAUUAUAAACAUGCAGGAAAUGAAAGACCGCGGCGGACUGACUCUUGGAUGCGCGAAAGACAUUCGUUGUUGUCAGCACACCUCCGCCCGUCGACAGCGACAUAUGCCAUCUUCCAUCCCCUUGACAGAUAGAUGAUGCUAUGGUAUUAUAGGUAGUACCUAGUACGUCACUGCUUAUCUACGUAGUGCCUAUCAGUGGUCCGCCCGCACUCCCCCCGAUCCCGGAUUGUGCGGGGCAGAGAACAAUAGGGCGUGUUGCUACUCCACCUCCGAACUUUUAAGCCUUUGUCCAAUCGAGGCUGAUAUGAUGACCUACCUACUGUACUAGCAUCUAUAUCCUUAUCUUUCCUCUUGACUUAGUACUAUUUAUAGGAAAGCAGAGGAACGGAUAGAUAUCAUAUCGACGUAUCUACUACUACUUCUUCUGUUCAAAGAACCAAUACCUACCUACCUACCUACCUCCCUACCUCCCUACCUCAAACAAUAAGAAACCAUGGCUCCCUCAGCAACCACCACGACGCUUCCAAUCAGCACGGCACCCAAAGGCCUGGCAGAGAAGAAGCCGGCGGGCAGCGAAAAGGCGGCGACGGAGAAGACGCCGCUGGAAGCCAUCUCGCACGGCGUAGUGCUAUCGGGGAUUCCCACCUUCCCCAGCUUCACAGAGCAUAGAAGGCAUAUCCUAGUGCACAUGUCCGCCGUCUUCCGCUUCUUCGCCCGCAGCGGCUUUACCGAAGGGCUUUCCGGACACAUCUCGGUGCGGGACCCGGAGUUCAAUGGCCUCAUGUGGAUGAACCCGCUCGGGCGGCACUUUGCGAUGCUGACGGCGGGCGACAUGCUCUGCCUGGAAAUCGCCACCGGCAAGAUCGUGGCCGGGAACCCCAAUCGACCUGCGAAUGCCGCCGGCUAUCUGAUCCACUCCGCCGUGCAUAAGCGCAGGCCGGACAACAUUCACGCCAUCUGCCAUGCACAUUCGAACGCCGGUCGGGCGUGGAGUGUCUUUGCCCGCCCCCUGGAGAUGCUGAACCAAGAUGUAUGCAAUUUUCACAACGCACACGCCGUGUAUGCACGUUACGGUGGCAUCGUAUUCGCCGCGGAGGAAGGCGAGCACAUCGCAGAGGCGCUGGGGGAUAAGAACAAAGGCGCCAUACUGUUGAACCAUGGUUUGCUGACGGUGGGCUCGACUGUGGAUGAGGCCGGGUUCCUGUUCGGAUUGCUGGACCGUGCCUGUGCGAUGCAGCUACAAGUCGAGGCGGCGGCCGCCAACGGCAUCCCGAAGCACAUCAUCAGCGACGAGGAGGCAGCGUUCAAUUUUAGAAUGGCCAGUGAAGCGAACGCGCUGUACCGCGAAGCGCAACCGGACGUCGAGUAUGAGCUCGCGAUGGCCGGUGGCGAGGAGUAUCUCGCUAGGGGGUUUGAGUACCUGCGGAUAACGCCGUAGAAGCUACCUAGGUAGUCGCGAGUGGUGCCAUGAUACGUAAACCUGCUGCGCGCUUCGGCGAGAUAUUACACCUUCAUCUACAAUCUUGGUUGCGCGCCUUGUGAUAGGCGCGGGGAGAGUUAGAUUUCCUCGCUAAUCAGCCAUCUUUAAGAUAGGGGGUAUUAAUAUGUAGAUUGAAAACAUCGGCUAACUCCUUAAUAUGUACUUGAUCCUGGCGCUUACGAACAUUGAGCGAACUACAUACUGUUUCUAUGUAUCUACUGUGUUGUCUAUCUACACAGUCGAUAGCAUUAUGUGGUAGAUGAUAUGAUGCCUAGGGGUGACCGAAGCGAAAGUAACCAUUUGCCGAAUUUGCUUUAGAAAUAGGAUGCUCAAAAACUACCGGGAACUACUGUAAGUAUGUGCAUGCAUCCAUGGUUGAGGAAGAAUGGUAAGAUGGUAGGGUAUGAUGCAAGACAUGCGAUGAACACAAAAAAAAAAAAAAAAAA